CUGGGACAUGGGCGGGGGGAGGGAAGCGAAGCUGGAACAUGGGCACAAGGCAGGAAAGGGAGAGGUAGGAUGAGAGGCUGGGAGUGGGAGACCCCAACGCACCCCACUCAGGGUUAUGGAAUGUCCCCUCCCCGGGAGACCUCCAAGUGGGCAGGAACAGGGCUGGCCUAGGAGACCAGGAGAAUCCAGCUCCGCAGAAAAUGGGGGCGGCGGAGUGUUUCUUAGGGGUGUUCGCCCCUCGGAGUCAGUGCUGACCCCAAUGCCCCCAGCACAGUGCAGGGAUUCUUACAUAAACACCCCCCCCCGCGCCUCACCCCACGUGGCUGCAUCUCAGCUCCCAGCCAGGGAUCCCUCUAGAACGGAAGGGAAUUUGGCUGCAAUUGAGCUGCUAAAGAGAAAACCGGGGAGUCUGCCCUCUGCACAGCCUCAGAGGGGAGAAAGCUCCACCCCCCCCGCCCCCGAAAUCCUCCCUGGAACUGCAGAGGACAAAGGAGACCCCGGAGACACCAGGUGCAGCCUGCAGAGGGGAGCACCGGGACCCCCCGCAAUUUCCCUAAACCACGUUAAAUCACAGGCUGGAGUAGCGGCAGAUCCAGAUCGGAGUCUGCUCCCCCGCCCCUCCUUCCAGAGCUCGGUACAGAACCCCGGUGUCCUGGCUCCGAGUUGCUCAGCCCCAGAUGGCUCCGCCCCGUGCAGGGUGAUGCGUGCAGCCAUGCUGCUGCUGCGACCUGGAAGCAAACAGCUCCGGGGUCAUAUGGAAAGUGUCAGCUGGGGGACAGCUCCGCAGGCUCCGUGUCUCUUCUCCGGAGGCCAGCAGGGGGCAGCUGGGAGUUGGGGUCCUGCUCCUGGAGCCUUGGCCGGGUUGAAUUGGUGCCUUGGGCCAUGACCAACGACCUGGACAUCUUCGUGGGGAACACCACGCUGAUCGAUGAGGAGGUGUACCAGCUCUGGCUGGAUGGGUACUCAGUGAGUGAUGCAGUGAGCCUGCGGUUGCGCAGCGGGAUCCUGGAGCAGACGGGGGCCACGGUGGACGUGCUGCAGAGCGACACCAUGGAUCAUUACCGCACCUUCCACAUGCUGGAGCGCCUGCUGCACACCCCCUCCAAGCUCAUCCACCAGCUACACUUUCAGAUCCCCCCCUCCCGCCAGGCCAUGCUCAUUGAAAGGUACUAUGCCUUUGACGAGGCCUUCGUGCGUGAGGUGCUGGGCAAGAAGCUCUCCAAGGGCACCAAGAAGGACCUAGAUGACGUCAGCACCAAGACAGGCAUCACCCUCAAGAGCUGCCGUCGCCAGUUUGACAACUUCAAGCGGGUGUUUAAGGUGGUGGAGGAGAUGCGGGGGUCCUUGGUGGAGAACAUCCAGCAGCACUUCCUGCUGUCAGACCGGCUAGCCAGGGACUAUGCUGCCAUCGUCUUCUUCGCAAACAGCCGCUUCGAGACAGGCAAGAAGAAGCUGCAGUUCCUGACCUUUGAGGAUUUCGCUUACUGUGCAGAGCAGAUGAUCCAGAACUGGACACUGGGAGCCGUGGACUCCAAUGUGGACGAUAUGGAUGUGGAUCUGGAUAAGGAAUUCCUGCAGGAACUCAAGGAGCUCAAGGUGCUGAUCGCUGAUAAGGAUCUGCUUGAUCUGCAUAAGAGCCUGGUGUGCACGUCACUGCGCGGGAAGAUCUCGGUGUACAACGAGAUGGAGGCCAACUUCAAGAACCUGUCACGGGCACUGGUCAAUAUGGCCUCCAAGCUGAUCCACACCAAGGACGUGCGCGACUUCUUCAUCGACCUAGUGGAAAAGUUCAUUGAGCCCUGCAAGUCAGAUAAAUGGACCUUGAACGACCUCCGUCUCUUCCUGACGCAGUACAUGACAUCUGCUCACACCUUGGACGCCUUCCGGCACCAGGCUCUCUGGGAUCGGUACAUGAGCACCAUCAAAUCCUGCCUGCUUAAGAUGUACCACGACUGACAAGCAGGGGGAGCCCUGACUGUUUUAAAUGCCCUGCUCUGCCACUGAUCCUUCUGCCGGAUCUCUGUGCCCGUAUUCUGUUUACCUGGACUGCAUCUUGGGAGCCCUGAUGUGAAGCCCCCACCCUCCGCCACUUCCCCAGGGCCGUGCGCUGCCUCCCCCAAGAUUCCCUCUCUCCAUCGUCGGCGUUUUAGCUCAUUUUGGAAAAUAAAUGGAAGAGCCAUUUGUUGGA